UCGAAUCCGAGUGCAGUCUUAUAGUCAACAUUCCACUGUAGUGUCAGCUUUCCCAAAAAGAAAAACCUCUCAGGGGAGAGAGAGAACUCAUUUCCACUUUUCUUUUCCCAUUCUGUUUUGCUUCAUUCAUUCAUGGAGCACCCUCUGAAGCUCCUCCUCGCCUUCUGCAUUGUCUUCUUCGCGGGCUCAGCCAUAGGGUCCAUUUCCUUAGCUUCGGAUGUGGAGAUUCUUCUGCAGAAAAUCAAGCCAUCGCUGCAGGGGAAGGGGGAGAAUUUGCUGCUAUCUUCAUGGAACGUUUCGGUUCCUCUUUGCCAAUGGAGAGGCCUAAAAUGGGUCUUCAUUAAUGCCACUUCUUUGCUCUGCGAUGACUUGUCGUCUCCACAGUGGACCAGUCUCUCUCUCUACAAAGAUUCUUCUCUCCAUCUCGCCUCUAUUCAGCUCCCCUCAGCUAAUCUCUCCGGUUCUCUCCCGAGGGAGAUUGGAGAGCUCAUUGCGCUCCAAAGCCUCUAUCUUGGCGUCAACUCUCUCUCGGGAACCGUCCCUUUAGAGCUCGGCUACGCUUCAUCUCUCUCGGAUAUUGAACUCAGUGGAAAUUCUCUCUCUGGGUCUCUCCCACCCUCCAUUUGGAACCUCUGUGAAAACCUAGUUUCUCUCCGGCUUCAUGGUAACUCUCUCUCUGGUUCUCUCCCUGACCCUGCAUUGCCUAAUGUUUCUUGCAAGAAUCUGAAGUUUCUUGAUUUGGGUCACAAUAUGUUGUCUGGGAAUUUCCCCGAGUUUAUAACUAGGUUUCAUGGGCUAAAGGAGAUUGACCUAGGAAACAACAACCUUGUUGGGUCAAUUCCCGGGAGUAUAACUGGAUUAACCCUGGAAAAAUUGAAUCUUUCACACAAUAAUUUCAGUGGGGUUUUGCCAGAUUUUGGGGAAUCAAAGUUUGGUGGGGAAGUCUUUGAGGGAAACAACCCUGAGCUAUGUGGCCCUCCUUUGAGACCCUGUAAUGGAAGCUCAUCAGGAAUGAGCCCUGGGGCCAUUGCUGGGAUUGUGAUUGGGCUGAUGACUGGGGCAGUGGUGUUGGUGUCAUUGUUAAUUGGGUAUUUCCAAGGGAAGAAGAGGAGGAGAAGCUUGGAAGAAGAAGAAGAAUUCGAAGACGAAGACGAAUUUGGAGAUGAGGAGAAUGGGAGUAGCCAUGGAAAUGGAGGAGAGGGGAAGCUGAUUUUGUUUCAGGGUGGGGAGCAUUUGACACUGGAGGAUGUUUUGAAUGCAACUGGGCAGGUGAUGGAGAAGACUAGUUAUGGGACCGUGUACAAGGCGAAGCUGGCCGAAGGGGGAACCAUUGCGUUGAGGCUGCUGAGAGAAGGGAGUUGUAAGGAUAGGAGCUCAUCUUUGCCCGUGAUUAGGCAAUUGGGAAAAGUUCGACACGAGAAUCUGAUCCCAUUGAGAGCUUUCUAUCAGGGGAAGAGAGGGGAGAAGCUCCUCAUUUAUGACUUCCUUCCUAACAGAACCCUCUAUGAUAUCUUGCACGAAUCUUGGGUGGGGAAGCCCGUAUUGAACUGGGCAAGGCGGCACAAAAUUGCUCUAGGCGUAGCGAGAGGACUUGCACAUCUUCACAGUUUGGAGACACCGAUUACCCAUGGGAAUGUAAGGUCGAAAAAUGUUCUGGUGGAUGACUUUUUUGUGGCGAGGGUCACAGAAUUCGGGCUUGACAAGAUAAUGAUCCCAGCCAUAGCCGAUGAAAUAGUGUCACUUGCAAAAGCUGAUGGUUGCAAGGCACCGGAACUUCAAAAAAUGAAGAAAUGCAACUCAAGAACCGAUGUCUAUGCUUUUGGGAUCCUACUACUAGAGAUUUUGUUGGGCAAGAAGCCCGGGAAAACUGGAAGAAACGGGGAGUUUAUUGAUCUCCCUUCGUUAGUAAAAGUGGCAGUUUUGGAGGAAACGACAAUGGAGGUCUUUGACAUGGAGCUGUUGAAGGGAAUUAGGAACCCGAUGGAAGAAGGCUUGGUGCAGGCAUUGAAGCUCGCAAUGGGUUGCUGUGCCCCGGUGGCUACGGUUAGACCAAGUAUGGAAGAAGUUGUCCGGCAAUUAGAGGAGAAUAGACCACGGAACAGGUCUGCUUUGUACAGCCCUGCUGAGACUAGGAGUGAAAGCGGUACCCCCUACUGACAUUAUCUUUUUCAAUUACAUUACGAAUAUCAUUACAUCUUAAUCCCAUGUGAACUUGAGCUAAUAGGUUAUAGUAGUGUUCUUUCUUUACUCUUACAACUUUUCCCUUCCUUUUGUUUUGUUAUAUAUAUAUUUUGCCAAAUUAAGCAUCA